UUUUCCUCCUUUUUUGCUGAUCAAGGACCAACUUGCCUUCUAUUUUAUCAUCCCACAUGAACUCUCCUCAAAUUUAAUAUUCACAUUUCCUCCCUUUGAAAUAUGCAACCACCCCAAUCUUCUCUCUACUUCAUAAGAUCACCCAUUGAACAAUCUGUGAAGCUCGCUAGCUCCAAGAAACUAAACUCAGAAAUCAUCGUCUAAUGCCUCCCAACCCGCCCAAGUCUUCUAUAUUGUUCCACCGCGUCAACACCGCGCCCAACACGGCGUCCCCGCACCAGAACCAGAAGGGCAUGAUGAUCAGGAAGCAGCGCGCCCCGAUCCCCGACGCGGUGGCGCGUUACCACACGCACGGGGUCGGCCCCGACAAGUGCUGCUCCGCCGUGACGCAGGAGAUCGCUGCUCCCGUCUCCACCGUGUGGUCGGUGGUCCGGCGCUUCGACAACCCCCAAGCCUACAAGCACUUCGUCAAGAGCUGCCACGUCAUCGUCGGGGACGGCGACGUCGGCACGCUUCGCGAGGUCCAGGUCAUCUCGGGGCUUCCGGCCAACAGCAGCACGGAGAGGCUGGACGUGCUGGACGAGGAGAGCCACGUCAUCAGCUUCAGCAUGGUGGGCGGCGACCACAGGCUGUCGAACUACAAGUCGGUGACGACGCUUCAUCCGUCACCCGCGGGCGGCGGAGGCACGGUGGUUGUGGAGUCUUACGUGGUGGACGUGCCGCCGGGAAACACCAAGGACGACACGUGUAACUUUGUGGACACUAUCGUACGGUGCAACCUGCAGUCGCUGGCUCAGAUCGCCGAGAAUCUUGCGAGACGUAACAACAAGUCGUCGUCGGUGUGCCCCAAGUAGUUGUUUGUUUAUUUUUAAUUAUUAUGAUCGGAGUAUUAUCAUGAUGAUUAUAAUUAAUAUAACAUCUUAAGUAGGUAGCAAAAGUAAUUAGUUUUUGGUGAUGUUCUGGGUUUUAUACAUAGUGUAUUAGGUUUCGUCGAACAUCAUUGUCUGAGGGAGUUUCCGAGUCCGGUCUGUGUUUGCCGUUGGAGGGUACGGCGUCGUUUUGUAUCCGAUGAAACAGUCACAGCAAGUUUGGUUAUGUAAUAUAGUAGUAGUACCUUAUUUAUUC